UGUUCACUUUUGACUGUUUGACUUUGAUAUCCGGGCAGAAUAUUUUUCUUGGCAAGUAUUCUUCACGGAAUUAACCACUGAAAAGUGAAUUAAAUAGUUCAUUGGACGCGAUGGGCAAGGAAGUGGCUGCUGGUUUCCUCCUCUUCCGCCGUCUUAGCGAUCAGAUCCAGUAUUUACUGCUGCAAGCGUCUUAUGGCACCGGCCACUGGACUCCUCCGAAGGGGCAUCUGGAGGCUGGAGAGACGGAAUUCGAGGCGGCGCUGCGAGAGACCAAAGAAGAGGCGGGAUAUUCCGAGGCUGAUCUGAAAGUCUACAAGGAUCACUUCCAUGAGAUGCAUUAUCAAGUCAAGGGGAACGACAAGAGGGUAAUUUACUGGCUGGCGGAGCUGGAGAAUCCCCAGAAGGAGCCUGAGCUCUCCGACGAGCACGUGGCAAGGAAGUGGCUGCCGAAAGACGAGGCCAUCGCUCUGUCCGGCUUCUCGAACUUCGAGGAAAUGGUGAGGAAGUUCCACGACGUCAUCGUGAGCAAGUUAAGCUAGAGGAGUUAACAUAAAUUCAUGUAUAUAUUUGAAUAUAUUGCAAAUUAAUACAUGA